GGCAAAAGCGGAAGUUGAUGAUAUUUAACUCUAUGGUGGUAAGAUGCUACUGCAGGACUUGUGGGUUGUUUAUAUGCUGCUUUCAUUACGGUAGCUUCGUGCCCUUCGUAUUGUCGGGAUGGGAGAGGACGAGCAGCUGCGGUCCUUAAUGUUUCUUAUGACUUAUCUGCUGCUGAAGCGACGCAGGGACGUAAACAGCGCGAACAUCCAGAGGCGCGAUGAAAUCCAGAGACGAGUCCGACACCGACAGUACUUCUUCCAGAGACAAAGGAGGAUGCUUAUGAUGAUGAUCGCGGGAGGCAUCCGCUCCAACGUCCGCAUCCGCACACGUCCCUGGACCACAACUCCUCGCUCGGACUGGUGGGAGCGGGUGGUGAUGACCGAGUUCCAGCCCUCCGACUGGCUGGAUAAGUUCCGGAUGAGCCGAGAGACCUUCUUUUACCUCUGCGACAAGCUGAGGCCCCGCCUGGCCCGCCAGGACACCAGCUUCCGCCUGGCCCUGCCGGUGGAGAAGCGCGUCGCCGUGGCCCUGUGGCGGCUGGCGUCCAACGUGGAGUACCGCACCAUCAGCUCCCUGUUCGGCGUAGGGAAGUCCACCGUGUGCAGGUGCGUUCGAGACAUGUGUCACGCCAUCGUGGCGCUCCUCAGCUCCAUCUACCUGCGGCCCCCCAGCGAGCAGGAGCUGGAGGACUCCGCUCAGCUCUUCCUGGCCUACUGGGGCUUCCCCCACUGCGUCGCUGCCGUAGCCACACUUCACACCGCCAUCAUCACCCCGUCGAGCAACGCGUCCGACUACGCCAACCCUGCCGGCUGGCUCUCGGUUUUGUCUCAGGUAGAGAGAACUUCAGUUGAAGCCUCCGCUGCUGGUGCUCGCUCUCACGCUGCCUGUUUUUGUGGGCUCCCUCAGGUGGCUGUCAGCGCCCGCGGCCUCUUCUGGGACGUGUGUGCCAGCUUCCCCGGUGGAACAGAUCCAGCUGACAUCUUCCAGAACUCUUCACUGUGGGCCACAGCUGCUGAGGGGGGGCUGUCUCCUGCCCCGACACCUAUUUUCAUGGGGCGACCCCUCAGGUAUGUGUUGCUCGGGGAGGCUUGCUACCCGCUCCAGAGCUGGCUGAUGAAGGCCUACCCCGAGGAGCGGAGCCGCAGGGCGAGUCGCAGCACGCUGACGGAGCCACAGCAGCUGUUCAACUGGCAGCUCCGCCGGGCGCUGCGCGUGUCCGAGGAGGCGCUGCUGAAGCUGAGGGCGCGCUGGCAGUGUCUGAGCAAGAGGAACGACUGCGGGCUGGACGUGGUGCCCACCAUGAUCCUGGCUUGCUGCAUCCUGCACAACAUGUGCGAGUCCCACGGAGACACCUUUAAAGCCGACUGGCAGGUCGAGGUCUCCGAGGCGGAGAGUCCGCAGCCCACUCACAAGACGCUCCUCUCAACCAGCAUGGACCAAAGUAAUGCAGAGGAGGUCCGAGGCCUCUUCUGUGACUACUUCCAACUGCAGAACCACUGAGCUGAAACUAUAAACUGCUUUGAUACAGCAGCAGUGUGUUAGAGCAGUGGUUCCCAAACUUUUUAUCUUCUGACCCACAAAAUAUCCAUGGCAAAAACUUGUGACCCCAAAUAUUACUGGUCUGAGUACAC